AUGGAAUCUCGCAUUCUGGGAGCAGAGACUACUGGAUUCUUUCCUUGCGACGCCCUGAUCGGUGCAGGUCUCGGCAACCGACUUCUGUUGGCGACGCACGAUGGAUAUGAGCCACGUAUAAAGACUUACAUGUCCGCCAACGCCCAGUACCGUCCGUGGUGCAUAGUUCAGCCAUACACUGCUCAGGAAGUGUCCCUUACUGUCAGCACUCUCGGCGGCUGCGGUGAGGGCGCUGGCGACUGGCAUAUCGCUGUCCGCGCUGGCGGAAACGGCAACCCUGGAAGCAAUAACGUAGCUAGCGGCGUUACUAUUGACCUGGGAAUGAUGAACCGCUCUUCCUAUGAUCCCUCGCGGGAGUUGGCUUCGGUUGAGCCUGGCGCUGCCUGGAUGAAUGUCUACAGUGACCUCCUCGAGUCUGCCAACGUCACCGUCGCGGGCGGUCGCUCGGGGGGCGUUGGUGUUGGUGGAUUCUUGCUUGGCGGUGGGAACUCUCUUUACACGGGCCGCUAUGGCUUCGGCUGUGAUACAGUCCUCGGGUAUCAGGUGGUUCUCGCCAACGGAACCAUCGUGGAGGCGAAUUCAGACACCAACGCUGAUCUAUGGAAGGCUCUGAAAGGUGGAGGUAUGAACUUUGGCAUCGUCACGCGCUUCGACAUGGAGGCCAUUCCAGCUACCGACGUAGCAUUUGGGCAGUCGGUGUUCUCUGCAAAUCACUCGGAUCAACUUUUUGAUGCCAUCUCAGAAUUCACAGAUCACCCUCAAGAGCUGGCGGCGGAUACAAUGUACACGCUCUUCAGUCACAGCCCAGCUUCAUCAGAGGAUAUGACUGCGAUGGUUAUUCGUGCUAACACCAAGGGUGAUCUUAAUACAACGGGCUUCGACAAGAUUACUCAAAUCCCCUCGAUUGAGACUACUUGGGGUCUUACGUCUCAUGCCGCGCUGGCCAAAGAUCAGCAACUUCUUACUGGUUCCCUAAAUCUGCAGAAGACCAUGACUUUCGGGAACACUGCUUCCGUCAUGCGGCAGAGUGCUACACUACACAAGCAGCUCAUCUCAUCUCUCUCUGAGAGAAUAGGGGCUGAGAAUUAUACCACUGCUGUCUUCUAUCAAAGCAUCCCCAAAUAUUUUUCGGAGAUCGGCCGUCAAAAAGGAGGCAAUUCCAUGGGCCUCGGUCAACUUCCAGGAAAUGCCAUUCUGCUGCAAGCCGGCAUUGCAAUCUACAACGGCGAUGAGGCUGCUCUAGCCUUUGCCCGCGCGGAGCUUAAUGCUAUGAUGGCCAAGUUGAAGGAUAUCACGAUAGCCGAGGGCGUCUCCAGUGACUGGGUGUACAUGAAUUACGCUGAUACCACUCAAAACCCCUUGGGCGGCGCUGGCGACGAAAAUGUCUCAUUCUUGAAGGACGUCGCCCAGCGCUAUGAUCCCCAAGGGUGGUGGCAAAGGAGAGUGCCUGGUGGAUUCAAGGUUACCAGGGCGACAUAA